AUGCUCCGGACAGCGCGAGGCGUGUGGCAGCACGGAGCACGGACGCGGCACGCUUUUUCGACCAUGUCUUUCCAGCCACCCUACAUGUAUAUAGAAGCAGAUGCACUUGCAUCCAAACUCAAAGAACAAAGACCAAGCACGGCUGUAGUAGAUGUGCGAGACGAUGACUUCGAGGGCGGACAUAUCAAAGGUGCCUUUCAUUCACCCUCUUCAACAUUUCUCGAUGGCGUCAACACGCUUCUGAAACCGCUAGAAACAUACGAAAACGUUGUGUUCCACUGUGCUCUUUCGCAACAACGUGGCCCCAAAGCUGCACGCAUAUACCGCGAAAUUCGAGAUGCGAAUAUCGAGGCCGGACGAAUGCCGCCGACCACGCAACAGGUAUACGUUCUUCGUGACGGGUUUUCUCACUUUGGUAAUAAAUUCAAAAGAGAUCCUGAGCUUGUCGAGGACUGGGACGAAGAGGCCUGGCAGUUUCGUUAG